AUGUCUUUGAGAGCGCGAUGGGAGUUGGUGAACGAGAAGAAGAUCUGUCGGAAAUGUCUGUUUAAGCAUUUUAGAUCCUGUGAUCGGAGAGUUCCGUGCGAUCAGAAUGGAUGUAGAUUUCUCCAUCACCCGUUGCUGCACGAUGACAGCAAGCACGGUGGACGGAAUCCUAGUAGCUCAUCGCUUAACGUAUCCUGCAACACUCACCAUUGUUCUCUUGGAGGAGUUCUGCUCAAGUACAUCCGAGUAACCAUACACGGAAAAGAGAAGUCAAUUACCACAUACGCCUUUCUCGACGCUAGAUCAACUUCUACAUUGAUGGAACACAGCUUGUGGGAAGAAUUGAACCUCAAGGGUGAAAAGACCCCUUUGUGUAUCUCUUGGACUGGUGGUCAAAGUAGAUACGAAGAAGAUUCAGUAAAGUGUACAGUAGAUAUAGCCGGCGCGCAAAGCCCAGCUCAACGAUUUCGUCUACAGAAGGUGCACACUGUACGAAGUCUAGAUCUACCACCUCAAUCGAUAGCAACUUCGGACCUGGUUAAGCAUUACAAGCAUCUAAUUGGAGUGCCUAUCGAAUCAUGUACCGGAGUCAAACCUCGUAUAUUACUGGGAGUUGAUAACUGUAGGUUAGAAUAUCCACUUGAGUCGAGAGAAGGAAGUGUCCAUCAACCCACCGCUGUACAGACACGGCUAGGUUGGUUAAUCUACGGGCCAUGUUCGGUAGUAGAACCAGCAACAACCAACAGAGAUAGUGUUCACAGCUACCAUAUCUGUCAGUGUGAGCUGCUGCACUCGACCGUUGAAAACUAUUUCGCCUUGGACAGCCUCGGAAUACAGCGUAAUGGGAGGAUUCUGUUUUCUAAAGACGACGAGCGAGCGAUUAUGUUGCUUAAUCAAGGUACGAAGAGACUAGAGAAAAGUUACGAGACAUGUCUUUUGUGGCGGUAUGACGAUAUUCGAUUGCCAGACAGUAAAAAAAUGGCUUUGAAGCGUCAUAAAUGCCUAGAAAAGCGCAUGGCACGUGAACCAGAAUUGGCAAAAAGUCUUCAUGAGAAAAUUCAAGACUAUAAGACGAAGGGAUAUAUUCGUCAGCUGUCAGCGCAAGAAGAAAUUACGCACAAGAAACGCUCAUGGUAUCUGCCGAUCUAUCCGGUAGUCAACCCCAACAAACCGGGGAAGCUUAGGAUUGUAUGGGACGCUGCAGCCAAGGUAGGCCAAAUCUCUCUCAACUCAUUUCUAUUGAAGGGACCUGAUCAGGUCACAUCGCUUCCGGACGUUCUGCAACGGUUCCGCGAAUAUCGUGUAGCAAUAUCAGGUGACAUCCGCGAGAUGUUCCAUCAAGUUCGAAUCAACAGCGAAGAUCAGCACUGCCAGAGAUUUCUUUGGAAUGAAGGAAUACCAGGAAAAACUCCGACGGUUUACGUCAUGCAGGUAAUGACGUUCGGUGCAAGCUGCUCUCCUAGCAGCGCACAGUAUGUAAUAAACCUAAACGCAGAACGAUUUAAAACCCAGUUUCCGGAAGCAGUUGAGGCAAUUUGUAAAGGAACGUACGUGGAUGAUAUGCUAUACAGUGCAGAAUCAGAAGAAGAGGCAGUCUCUCUGGCGCAAAACGUACAAUUCAUACACUCUGAAGGUGGCUUUGAGAUUCGAGGGUGGCUGUCAAACUCGGAGAUGGUGGUAGGCACUAUGGGCGCGCAAACCUCAUCACAGAAGGAUUUAAACAAGUCAGGCGAGUUGGCUACAGAGAAAGUUCUGGGUAUGUGGUGGGACACCGUCAGUGACACAUUUACCUUCAGAAUCCCCAAACGAUGCAGACAGGAGUUAUUAUCUGGAGAGCAAGCCCCCACAAAGCGUGAAGUUCUGCGUACACUCAUGUCGGUUUACGAUCCGCUAGGCCUUCUCGCAAACGUGUUGAUGUUCAUUAAAGUCCUCCUUCAAGAUAUUUGGCGCUCUAACAUUGAUUGGGAUGAGAUGAUAACCGGUCAACAGCUUACAAAGAGGAAAACAUGGUUAAGCGUAUUGAAAACAGGUCUCCGUUCCUCGGUGCUAUCGAACGAAAACAACAUCGUCAAUACAAUCCAACGAUAUUCAGCUACACGUAUUCGUAGACGCUAG